CGAAAGCUUUUUGGUUUUUGUUUUUUAAAGUCUUCUUUUCUUUUCACUGUCUCUCGCAAUCUCCGAUUCUCUUCUUAUUUCGUCGCCGUCAUUACUGUUUCUCGUCGCUGGUAUAGUUUCAAGGAAGAUGGCUAGUGGUAGCCUGAAAAGCCUUAUAUCUUCAGCAGUGGGUCGAGGUGUGACCGAAGCAAGAGCCAGGAUUUUCGGACAUAUGCUUAACCCAACGGGACAGAGAUCUCCUCAUAAGAUAUUAAGGAAGAAGCUUAUUGGUGAUAAGGUUGCAGAAUGGUAUCCAUACGACAUCAAGAAUGAGGAUCCUAAUGUCUUGGCUAGAGAGGAACAAGAGCGGAUAUCGAAGCUUGAGAUGUUGAAGCGUCGUAACAAAGGACCACCAAAGAAGGGUCAUGGAAAACGUGCUGCGAAGCGUAACAAGUAGAAGUAAUAACCAUUGCUACAAAAAAAAACUCUGCACUUUUAGAAUCAGCUCUUGUGGUUGGAUCAGAUAGAACAAGUAAAAAUUUCUCCUACUUAAAACUGCAUUGGUUUCUAGUGAUGUUACUAUGUUGAGACAUAGUUGAAAUUGCUUCCCUUUUGACUAAAUGUCAAUGGCUUUGUUUCUCUUCU